AUGGGCGCAAAAACAGAAAAGAAAGCAAAGAAAAGAAAGUCAGACAAGAAUCCAAAUUCACCAAGAAGAUCCAAAUCAUUUAAGCAUAAAAGCAGUACAGCAAGUAAGACCAAUCAAGACAAUGAAGCUCAUGCAACGCCCAAAGACUCGUACAUUGCCUCUUCAAGGCCUGUGGGCAUGAUGGGUCCUAGACGUCGUAUAGAGAACCAGGAGAGUCCCCGCAUGCUGAUGAAAGACGAGGCUUUCUCACAGUAAUGCACUUGGCCGCAAACACACCUUGAACUGUGCAAAUGAACGCGCACAGGCAGAGAAAACAAGGGAAAGGAGGAGCGCCUCAGCUUCGGUUCCUAAAGUCGAGCCGGCUGACAUUGACCUUAUCGG